AUUUAUGGGUCAUUUGUGACGUACUCAGGUAAACGACGUCUCUCUCUUUGUCAAGAACAAAAAGUUUUCGGAACUUUCUCUACCAAAACCACAUACGUUUAUUUUGGAAAAUCAGAAGCGUUGAUUUAGAAAAGAAGUAAGCUAUGGAGGUUUAAUUAUGGAUUCACGGUCGGGAUUAAGCUGAAAGUUUUUUCACCUGUCGUCGACUGAAGAAGAAGGCGUCAUACUAUACUUUGUUAACCGAGGUGAGACGAGUUGUCAGGUGCAAAUUAGUUGAAGGCAACGUUAUCAACAGAACCCAGCCAAUAUGUUGGGUUCCAUGAUAGAAGCCUUCUCGAAGCUGACACUCAGCAAAGGGGCCGAGGAUGACGACGGCAUCGAUCAGAUGCAUCACCUGGCAUCCGUCGGCAUCUUCCUCGCUUUCGCCGCCUUCUCGGGGGCCAAAAACUACGUGGGCGACCCCAUCCACUGCUGGAACCCCGCCCACUUCGCCGACUCUCACAAGAAUUACGCCGAGAACUACUGCUUCAUCAGCCAUAUGUACAACGUGCCCAUGGACGAGCCCAUCCCUGUGGAGAUAAACAAACGGUUCGAGCGAGACAUCAGCUUCUACCGAUGGGUGCCGGUGCUGUUUCUGUUCCAGGCUCUGUUAUUCAAGAUCCCCAACAUGGUCUGGAAGGAGAUGAAGACCUACUCCGGAAUCAACGUCACCAAGAUCGUCAGGAUGGCCGAAGAGACUGUGAUGUCUCCCCCGAAGGAAAGAAAGGAAAAAAUGAAGCACAUAGCCAUCUUCAUCAACAGUUGGCUCAUGGCGUACAGAGAGUAUAAAUACAACGUCUUGAUCCGCGUCAAACAGAAGAUGUCCGGCGUCAUCUGCUUCAUGCUGGGCAGACGACAGGGCACCUACCUGACGGGACUGUACCUAUUCUGCAAGCUGCUCUACUUCGCCAACGUGGUGGGACAGUUCUUCAUGCUGACCAAGUUCCUGGAGAUCGACUACAGCACGUACGGAUUCCAGAUCCUCGAUGUGCUGACGGCGCGGGGAUCCUGGGAGGAUCUGGACGAGUUUCCGCGGAUCGCCAUGUGCGACUUUGAGAUCCGCCAGCUGCAGAACAUCCAGCGAUACACGCUGCAGUGCGUCCUGUCCAUCAACCUGUUCGUGGAGAAGAUGUACGCCUUCACCUGGUUCUGGCUCUUCAUCCUGUCCAUCGUGACGUUCGUCAACAUGAUCUUCUGGAUCUUCAACAUCUUCUUCAGGAAGCGGCGCGAGCAGUUCAUACAGAAGCAUAUAGAGCUGCUGAACGCAGACGACACGAGCAGCGAGAAGAAGCUCUUCCUGGCGUUCGUCAGACAGUAUCUCCGGGACGACGGGGUCUUCCUCAUCCGGGCGGUCAGGAAGAACGUCGGGGACCUGCUGGCUCUCGAUCUGGUCAGACAGCUGUGGGAAGACUACCAGAAACACAUGGGGCCCGAGAAACCGGAUGAGGAGAAAAUGAAGUUGAACAGUUAAAAGAGAUGUUGAAGGUCUUUAUGUGACAUUAAAUGCAAAAUGGUGCAUUUCGUCAAGAUCUGCAAUAUUAUAUAUAUAUAUAUAUAUAUAUAUAUAUAUAUAUAUAUAUAUAUAUAUAUAUUACACACACACACACACACACAGGGUUCUUACGCGUCCAGGAAAUCCUGGAUUUUGUGAUUUUAAAAUCCAGAAAUGUCCUUGCAUUUUGUGAUUUUAAAAUCUAGGCAUUAAAUUUUAUUGUGUCCUGGAAAUGUUCUGUAAAUUUAGGUUUUAUUUUUUCGCAUCUUUACUUUUGUUGUCCUCAUAACCUGUCUAAAUUCAGACAACAGUUUGUUAUAAAAACAUUAAUUUUUUAAUUUUUUAAUUCAUUGAUUGAAUUUUUUUAAUAUCCUGGAAAAGUCCUGGAAAUGUCUUGGGAUUUUAUGUUAAAUAUUAAUGGGUUACACAAAAACAAAUUCAGGUAACCCAUUUCGAUUUUAGGUAACCCAUUUUGAACAUGUAAAUGAUAUCAUAAAUUCAAGGCGCGAACGAAAAAUGGGUUAAGCAAACUAUACUUACGCGAACGAAACUAUCGCUCUCGCAACUUUCAGAGGCCUGUGUUUUGUCCAAGUGUAAGAACCGUGAUAUAGGCCUAGGUGGUUGACAUACAUGUUAAUGCAUUGUUGUUCCUAUUAAGACACUGUCCCGAGUUUGCUGUCAUUUAUCAAAUGCUUGUGAUUAACCUCAUCGGGCUUUUUUCUUUAACAACUAAUAAAAUUACUAACAUUAAAUACAUUUUCUUAUUCAUAAUAUCAGUGUCUAUAUUCAAGUUUUUUGUUUUUUAUCGUCUAGUAGUAACCCAAAUUAAAUUUUAUCACCAAUAAUUGUUUCGUAAGUAAGAAUCAUUUUGGAAUAAAAAUAUAUUAUCUUAGUUAGACCAAAAUGUGAAGUACUUAGUUUAUUACAAACGUAAGCAAGAUUCAAAACUGAAAUAGUAUAAGUUUAUUACAAACAUAAGCAAAUUUCGAAACUGAAAUAGUAUACAGACACUGAUAUUAUAAACAAGGAAAUGUAUUUAAUAAGUAAAUUUAGUUGUUAAAAAAUCUCCGUUGGUCAGGUAAAUUUUAACAAAGGCAGCGAACUCAGGACAUGCCGGUAUGUAAUAUAUAAAAUUAGACGGUGCAUUCGCUGUAAAUUGUGGGUGGGGCGCACAAGCACAUUAAAAAUGAUAUAUGUA